UAGCUCUAGUCUAGUACUAUAAAUAUAUUGCCGUCUCUUCAAUUUCAGUUCAUUUCAUUUCAACCGAGGCUACUGUCGUCUGCCUAGAAAGGAAGACCAAAUUCUAAAGGCAGAGCCAGCCAGCCAUCAAAGCCAUUCUCCUUUCAAAUUUCUGAGUAUUGUAAGAGAUGGCCGAUGCCGAGGAUAUUCAGCCCCUUGUUUGCGACAAUGGAACUGGAAUGGUGAAGGCUGGUUUUGCUGGUGAUGAUGCUCCAAGAGCUGUCUUCCCUAGUAUUGUUGGUCGUCCUAGACAUACUGGUGUUAUGGUUGGAAUGGGACAAAAAGAUGCCUAUGUAGGUGAUGAAGCUCAAUCAAAAAGAGGUAUUUUGACCUUGAAGUACCCUAUUGAGCAUGGUAUAGUUAGCAACUGGGAUGACAUGGAGAAGAUUUGGCAUCACACCUUCUACAAUGAACUCCGUGUUGCUCCUGAGGAGCAUCCAGUGCUUCUCACUGAGGCACCUCUCAAUCCCAAGGCCAACAGGGAGAAGAUGACCCAAAUCAUGUUUGAGACCUUUAAUGUUCCUGCCAUGUAUGUUGCCAUUCAAGCUGUUCUCUCUUUGUAUGCCAGUGGUCGUACGACUGGUAUUGUGCUGGAUUCUGGAGAUGGUGUGAGUCACACUGUACCAAUCUAUGAAGGAUAUGCUUUACCCCAUGCCAUUCUUCGUCUCGACCUUGCUGGACGUGACCUCACAGAUCACCUCAUGAAGAUCCUUACUGAAAGAGGGUACAUGUUCACCACCUCAGCAGAGCGGGAAAUUGUCCGUGACAUCAAGGAAAAGCUUGCCUAUGUGGCUCUUGACUUUGAGCAAGAGCUUGAAACAGCCAAGAGCAGCUCAUCCCUUGAGAAGAACUAUGAAUUGCCAGAUGGACAAGUGAUUACCAUUGGAAAUGAGAGAUUCCGUUGCCCUGAGGUCCUCUUCCAGCCUUCUAUCAUAGGAAUGGAAGCUGCUGGUAUCCACGAGACUACCUACAACUCUAUUAUGAAGUGUGAUGUUGAUAUCAGGAAGGACCUCUAUGGUAACAUUGUGCUUAGUGGUGGUUCAACUAUGUUCCCUGGUAUUGCUGACCGUAUGAGCAAGGAAAUCACUGCCUUGGCUCCCAGCAGCAUGAAGAUCAAGGUGGUUGCACCUCCAGAGAGAAAGUACAGUGUUUGGAUUGGCGGGUCAAUCCUUGCAUCCCUCAGCACAUUCCAGCAGAUGUGGAUUUCCAGGGCUGAAUAUGAAGAGUCGGGCCCAUCAAUUGUCCACAGGAAAUGCUUUUAAGCUGCUACUAUCGCUUGGGGUGGUGAGCUUUUAUUUUCCACCCAUUUAGUUGGUUUUUCAUGUCAUAUUAGAAGUGAAUCUGGUUUCCUGAUUUGAUCAAACUGUCAAGUGGGGCUUGAAGGGGACGUCAUUAUGUGAUUCUGAUGUAUCUGCAGUUCGCAUUUUUGUCACUCGAUGGAUGCUGGGAUGUAUGGACGUUGUCAUGCUCUGCUGCCUAUGGCUUCAACCGCGUCAUUCUAGUUGGUUGCUUGUAGUUGGAGAGUGAUUGUGAUGUUUUCUUUCUUUUUUUUUUCCCAUUUACCAUUUGGUUUUCAUAUUUGAAGUUCUUUCUUCCUGGGAACAAUUAUGUUAAUAUUUAUUGUACGAGGAUAUUUUAUAUUAGUGUCAAUUUGCGGAAAUUAUAUUUAAUGCUGGAUUGAUACUUUCUUAGUA